CUUCUAAACCCCCAUCUCGACCCUUACUCCACCCGAAUUAGUGUCCCAAAAAUACAAACAAAAAUCAAACUCUUCGGAAAUUCUGAACCAGAUUUUUUUAAAUUCUAGACCUCAGCAUGUGCUAAUAUUCCUUUAACUACGUUAAAUGCAGUCUAAUGGUUUAUAGAAAAUAGAUCCUGGUGGAUUUUUGUGGAAAGUUGGGCUGAAUGUUUGCAUGACCGAAAUCCCACAAGUGCUUCAGCGAACCCAAAAAGGGUUUUAUUUUCGGUUCCUUCCGGCUAGCUUGAAACCGCUGCAACAUCAUGGGUUUAUGUUCUUCCUGCUUCGGGGGAUCGUCGGAAGAAGAACUGAUUUCACCGGAUAUUGAAACACGAAGACAACAGCAGCGUGAAGCCGCGGAACGACGGAGAAUCGAACAGGAAUCCCGCGGGAUCAAGGAUCCGGAGAAGGUGCGUCGGCAGCAGCAAAGGGCCCAGGAUCUGGAAAGGCGCGAACAAGAAGCGGCCCGCAUGGGCAACCAGCCCACCUUGAAGUGGCAGCAAGAUUGAAGGACGACUUGUUGGCUCCUUAAAAUGCGUGUGAAUCUAAACGAAGCAUUCUCUCCGUUCUGUUAUGUCUGUCUGUUAUGUUUUUAUUAGUUUGUGUUCUGUAAUAAAUGAAAAUCUUUCCAAAAUUUUGUUGGAAUUCGUAUCAAUUCUUCCAAAAAUUCGUCUCCCUUAUCCGUGGGGUUCACUGAUAAGCCACCGUUCCUCCGUCCCCCACCCUCUUUCGCUGAGUGUGUGUGUUUGUAUUCCCUCCCCCCACCCGCCACCCACAAGCGAGAUGUCAAAAGACGAGAUCUUUUUUUGUCGCCGCGGAUUCAGUUUUUUGUGCGGGCCCCGGACGAGCGCUAGACGGUGAAGAAAUCUGUGCAGAAGUGUGUUCGAGAGAAAAGUGUAUCAAUCCACCCCCGACAGAUAGCCCCAAAUUAUCCCGUGGAGCUAUUUGCUCAAGUGUUUCCGAGGCCAGUGUUGUGUGCAUUCGAACAG